AUGUCAGCCGCAAUCCCCUGCACGCGGGCCACCGCCCAACGUGUCGCCUUUCGCGCCAUACGAUGCAAACGGUAUGCAAGCACCGAGACGGUCGUAGUCGACGCCGCUCUCACAACAGCGCCUCCUCCGCCUGCCAAGCGUGAACAGCGAUUACCACGAGAGGAUCUCAGCCAGCGCCUGCACAGGGCAUUGUACCCAGAAUACUAUGGCGAGAACGGCCAGCCCAUCAAUGGGGCAUUGAAAACACACACAAGGCGGAAACAACCGUCCAAACCCAUAAGUGCAAAGUGGGAAGCCGUAAUGAAGCAAAAGAACGUAAACCACGCAUUGAGCCACCAAUUCGGCGUCCCAGUCUUUAAGCAAUCUGCCCGCAACAUCAAGAAAACCUGCCCUCACCCCAUUGCCGCCGUCACAGCCACCCAAAUCAGCACCCUCGACCCCACCGGCGCCCGCACCCGCCUCUUCGCAAAAGACAACCCAGAAUGCGCCCGCGUCGGCGAUAUUCUGCUCGUCCGCCAACGCUCCGGCGACCCCUUCGCCGGCGUCUGCAUCAACAUCCGGCGCCGCGGCGCCGACACCGCUAUCCUCCUCCGCGGCCAGCUCACGCGUGUGGGUGUGGAGAUGUGGUACAAGAUUUACAGUCCGCUGGUUGAAGGCAUAGAAGUUGUACAACGUGCGGCUAAGCGCGCCAGACGAGCCAGACUCACGUAUAUGCGCACGGUUAAGCAUGAUCGCGGUAGUGUGGAAAACGUGGUUAGGAUGUAUCUGAGGCAGAAGGCCGCGCUGGGGACGGCCGAGGGGCAGAAGAAGAAGGGGGGUGCGGCGGCCAUGGCGGGGGGGAAGAAGAAGGUUGGCAGGGGGAAGAAGAGGUAG